UUUGCCCACUAGUGCAUAAUAAAGCAGCUAGAUACUGCAGGUCGAUCUAAGUCGAGUCAAGGUUUGUAGCAAUCUCUCCAAUGCCUGAGGUCUAAACUAUGCAAGCUGCAAGAGAUAGAGCUGAUCAGCACGGCAUAUUUUUCGUUGUAUGGCCUGAAGAAAAGUCCCAAGAGUCCCAAGUCACUCUCCCAUCACCACAGCAUCCACAAGAGCAUAACUCCUCUCUGAUGGAGACUGCUGCAUCAUCUAGCAGCUCUCAGGAUACCUCCACAAUAAGCAGAGAUGCAUCAACCUCCCGUAGAUACACUGAUUCCAUCUCACCACCUAUUCAGAGCCCAGAGUCGGAAUAUUUAUAUCUCUCCUCAAAACAGCAUGCAGUUCCUUCACCUGCUGCAGUUGACCCCUUAAAGUCCUAUUCUCCAAUGCAGCCAUUCAGAACAGGAACGACAGGGCAUCAGAUGAUUGCUCUACCAGCUCCAGCCAUUGUGAGUCUUGCUGCAGAAUCUCAACAAGUGCUGCUAGCGACUGAGCAACCCACCAGCAUUUUAAACCAUCCACCGGAACAGAGGGACCACUCCAUUCUGUUUUCUCCUGCACACAAGCAAUUACUGCAAAUGAAUAGUCCGCUAUUAACUGGAGUUCCGACAGUGCCCCAAAGGCAGGACGUGGAAAACUUGAGGAAAAUAGGUUAUUUUGCCGAGCAGGCGGCUCUAAAUUUGCAAAAUAUCUUGCAAACCACUCACAAAUAUCAACCCGUUUCCAAGCUGACCUCUCAUAGCAACCCAGAGAUUGAUCAGCAAUCGGAUAGCAACUCUCUUUCAUCGCCUGCUGCUAAAAGAUUCUGCCCUUCAAACACCGUGAUUCCUGGUGCAUGCUUGGAGUGUGAAGUGAAAAUGGCAGAAAUACAAAUACUCCGUAAGAAAAUUCACACCCUUCAAGAGCAGGUAAAUUCUCGAACUGACCGUGUCUUCCCAAGUCCUCUGCUCACCUCUGCUAGUAUGGAGAGCCCAAGAGUACAGCAAGUUACUGUGAAGCAAGAGAGAACCCGCCUUCCUCUUCACCUCCCCACACAUCACCCAGAGACCCCCUUCCCUGUUGAACCUCAGACCACAAACGCUCGAGGACGGAAGUCACUGGACAAACAAUCACCUGCCCCACUACACACGCCCCCAAUGGAGAAUCAGUCUGUUGCAAACGGAAAUGAGCUCUCCGAGCUUGUAAGUGGUUCUGGUGUGUUCGUCCUCACUCAGUCCCUCAUGGAGGCAAGGAAAGAUGCACGGUCGGGCACACAACUAGCUAGAAAACUUAUGGAUGUAUUCUGGGAUAAGGACACACUGGCUAAGUCCACUCUAACUCCACGGAGUAAGUUUCAAUACCAGCAACUGGACCCGAAAAUAAUCAAGGCAAUAGAAGUUUUCUGUCUACAAUACGAUAGCUCUGUACACUCUAAGGACAUCCAUGCCACAAUGACAGAUAAGUGCUGUCAAGCAAGGAGUCGGAUCAGAACUCUAAAUCCCGAAUCAUUGACUGAAAGCACAAAGACACAGAAUGGUCCAUUUCACUCAUGAAUCAUGAAUAUCACUACUGAAGUACAGACACAUGAACAUAAUUAUAUAUCAGUGCUUCAAAUUAUGUACUAUGUUGUACAGUUGUGUUCUUUUUAUUGUUCAUUUUGGUAUUAUACCUUUAUGAACAUUUAAAUCAUCAAGGAUUGCUAUUACAUAUACAUUGCAUUCGGGAGAGGUCAACUAUCAGUGAAUGCAGUUUAGUGUGUCAAGUGCUGUGUUUAUAAACUAA